GACUCCGUUCUUCUCGAAGCUGAAGCUCGAGCUCAGCAGCGCGCCACCCGCGCAAGCGGAAGGCGACGGUAGAACAGAUUUGACGCCUUCUCUUGCAGUUCGUGAUGACUGCGAUUCGUGGCCCCGUUCCCUCUGUGAAUGGCGAGAAGCCGAGUUGUUUCUUCUCCUUCUUCGUCUUCUUCUCUCGCUAGAUUCUUUCUGGGAACUCUCUGCUGGAACUGCAGCUUCCGCCAUUACCAAAUUUCUGGUCUCUCGCUCUCUCUCUCUCCGUGUCUCCUGUAAAGCGACUCCUUUUCUUCGUCCUUUAAAAUAAAGAGAAAAAGGGCUUCGUUCCGUUGGCUCUCUCCUUCUCUGUGUGUGUGUGUGUGUUUUUUUUUUAAUCGGACGUUGCUGACACACGGACUGGCUUUUCUCAGUUUCUUUCUCUUGGGCAAUUUUUCCUCUCUCUCUCUCUGGGACUCGCAGAGAAGACGCAGAUAUGGGAAGAGGGCUCUUCCUGUUCUUGCUCAUCUUCUACACUCCACUUCUCAUGGAGUUUUCCACUGCUCAGAUGCCAGGUUUUGUUAGUUUGGAUUGUGGAGGAUCUCAGAGUUUCACCGACAAGAUUGGGCUUGAAUGGACUCCGGAUGACCAAUUCACCUUUGGAGAAAUAACCAAUGUUUCUCUCGCAAAUGAGACAAGAACACCAUAUACGACAUUGAGAUACUUCCCUGCCGAUAACAGGAAGUACUGUUACACUUUAAACGUUACCACUAGGACAAGAUACUUAAUAAGGGCGACAUUCUUGUAUGGUAACUUUGACAGCAAUAAUGUCUACCCAAACUUCGAGAUCUCCUUGGGACCUACUUAUUGGUCCACAAUUGUCAUUUCUGAUGCCAGUACUAUAGAAGUGAGAGAGCUCAUUUUUCUGGCCUCAGAUCCUACCAUUAGCGUGUGCUUAUCUAAUGCUACCACGGGCAAGCCAUUCAUAUCUACCCUUGAGCUCCGUCAGUUCAAUGGUUCGAUGUACUACACUGACUUUGAAAACCAGUUUUAUCUCAGUAUCUCUGCUCGGAUUAAUUUUGGUGCAGACAGUGAAGAGCCAGUCAGGUAUCCAGAUGAUCCAUUUGAUAGAAUAUGGGAGUCUGACUCUGUAAAGAAAGCAAACUACCUUGUUGAUGUGGCCGUUGGCACCAAGAAGGUUUCAACCCAAUUGCCAAUUGAUGUUAACCAUGACGAAAGGCCACCUCAAAAAGUUAUGCAGACUGCUGUAGUCGGAACGAAUGCAUCACUAACUUACCGCUUGAACUUGGACGGAUUUCCCGGUUAUGGUUGGGCAUAUUCCUACUUUGCAGAAAUCGAAGAUUUGGCUCCCGGCGACACGAGGAAAUUCAGACUGAUACUCCCAGGCCAACCUGAGAUCAGCAAAGCUGUUGUCAAUAUAAUAGAAAAUGCUCAAGGCAAAUAUCGCCUGUAUGAGCCAGGAUUUGUGAACUUAAGCCUCCCAUUUGUACUGUCCUUUAAGUUUGGGCGGACAAUAGAUUCUUCAAAGGGUCCACUAUUGAAUGCCAUGGAGAUAAACAAGUAUGUGAAGAAAAUCGAUGGUUCUCCAGAUGGAGGAUUUAUUGCUAGCAUAAUUUCACCCUAUGCCUCAGCAGCUUGGGCACAGGAAGGUGGAGACCCGUGCCUGCCAGUUCCAUGGACGUGGGUGAGCUGCAGCUCAGAUUCACCUCCACUGAUAACUGCAGUCAAAUUGUCUGGUCAGAAUUUGACCGGAAACAUUCCUUCAGACAUUACAGAAUUGAGCGGCUUGGUUGAGCUGUGGCUUGACAGGAAUGCACUCACUGGUUCAAUACCCGAUCUUUCUUCAUGCGUGAACCUGAAGAUCAUUCAUCUUGAGAACAAUCGGUUGACUGGUGAGCUGCCUUCUUCUCUCGCAACUCUGCCAAACUUGAAGGAACUGUACGUCCAGAAUAACAUGUUAUCAGGCACGGUGCCAUCAGGUCUUCUCAACAAAAAAAUGAAUCUGAAUUACACUGGGAAUUUGAAUCUUCAUGAAGGAGGGAAAAGAGGAAGCCAGACUAAGAUUAUCAUUGGUUCAUCAGUUGGAGCAGCUGUUCUCCUGGUAGCUACAAUUGCCUCCUGUCUCUUCAUUCGGAAAGGCAAGAGGAACUCUAAGCAUGAUGACAACGUGCAAAUACUGCCGACACAGCGGCUAGUUUCUUCCUUGAGUAAUGCUCCUACAGAGGCCGCUCAUUGCUUUAUGCUAUCCGAAAUUGAAGAUGCCACAAAAAAAUUUGAGAAGAAAAUCGGUUCUGGAGGGUUCGGUGUUGUUUAUUACGGGAAACUGAAAGAUGGAAGGGAAAUUGCGGUCAAGGUUCUGACUAAUGAUUCAUAUCAAGGAAAGCGAGAGUUCUCAAAUGAGGUGACUCUUCUUUCAAGAAUACAUCACAGGAAUUUGGUGCAAUUCCUUGGAUAUUGCCAAGAAGACGGGAGAAACAUGCUGGUUUACGAGUUCAUGCAUAAUGGAACUCUUAAAGAGCACCUUUAUGGUCCAUUGACUCAUGAGUGGAGUUUUAAUUGGAUCAAACGCCUUGAGAUUGCCGAAGAUUCUGCAAGAGGGAUCGAGUACCUUCACACUGGAUGUGUUCCAGCCAUCAUACAUAGAGAUUUGAAAAGUAGCAACAUUCUUCUGGACAACAACUCGAGAGCAAAAGUUUCAGAUUUUGGUCUCUCGAAAUCUCAAGUUGACGGAGUCUCCCAUGUCUCAAGUGUGGUUCGAGGAACUGUUGGGUAUCUGGAUCCCGAGUAUUACAUCUCCCAGCAAUUGACAGAUAAGAGCGACGUCUAUAGUUUCGGCGUCAUUCUUCUUGAAUUGAUAUCAGGUCGGGAAGCAAUUUCUAACGAAAGCUUCGGCGUGAACUGUCGCAACAUAGUCCAAUGGGCGAGACUACACAUAGAGAGCGGGGACAUCCAAGGCAUCAUCGAUCCGAACCUACGUGAGGACUAUGACAUCCAGUCGAUGUGGAAGAUAGCGGAGAAGGCUCUGAUGUGCGUCCAGCCUCACGGGCACAUGAGGCCGUCGAUCUCGGAGGUCCUCAAGGAGAUCCAAGACGCGUUGUCGAUCGAGAGAGAAGCCUUGGCGGCGCGAGAGGGCCUCUCGGAUCUGUCGAGGAACUCGUUCCACUCGUCCGUCAACAUGGAUGCCUUCGAUAUUCCCGGGACCGAGAACUACGUAGCGAUCGACGAGUCUAUUGCGCAGCCAACUGCUCGAUAGAGCCUCGUUUUCUUUUUCCACUAAUCCCUUGUAAUAUUGUCCUGUUUAUUCUUGGGAGCUGCUGGUGAUUGUAUGCCUUCUUGUCUGGGGUUAAGUUGUAGAGUUGGUGAUGAUCAUGAUUAGAAUUGCGUGCCUAGUUGAUCCCCCCAUGAACCGUGAUGAUAUUUCUGUCUGUUGGAUAAUCAUAUCAAGAUAUGUGCUAGCCCAGUUGAUACGCUUGGUUAUAUCUAAGAUAUGUGCUAGCCCCAGAUCACUCUUACUCAAGGCCAAGGUUCGAGUAAUAAUAUUUGUGCAUUCUCUUGAUUCCAA